GCGAAGCAGGGUGGCUUCAAGACGAUGCCCUUCAUACUAGCGAACGAGGUAUGCGAUCGGUUCGCCACGGCCGGCUUCAACGCCAACAUGAUCACCUACCUGACGCAGCAGCUGCACCUGCCGCUGGUGGAGGCCUCCAACCUGCUCACCAACUUCAUGGGGACGGCGGCCUUCACCCCGGUCUUCGGCGCCAUCGUCGCCGACUCCUACGCCGGCCGCUACUGGACCAUCGCAUGCGGCGGCGUGCUGUACCAGCUCGGCAUGCUCGGCCUCGUACUCUCCGCGCUCAUCCCUUCCCUCCGCCCCGCCACGUGCAGCAAUACCGCUACCACUACCGGGUCGACGGCGACUUCGUGCCAGCGCGCGAACGGUGGGCAGCUAGCCGUGCUCUACGUGUCGCUGCUCUUCACCGCGCUUGGCUCAGGCGGUAUCCGGCCGUGCGUGGUGGCGUUCGGCGCGGACCAGUUCGGCGUGGGUGGGAGGCGCCCUGGUGGCGAGCAGAAGUGGAGCUUCUUCAACUUCUACUUCUUCACCAUGGGGCUCGCCGUGCUGUUGGCGUUGACGGUUGUGGUCUACAUCCAGGAGAACGUCGGCUGGGGCUGGGGGUUCGGGAUCCCGGCCAUCGCCAUGUUCGUCUCCGUGUUGUCGUUCGUGGUCGGGUACCCUCUCUACGUCAGGGUCAAGCCCGGCGGAAGCCCCUUCGUGAGGUUGGUCCACGUCAUCGUCGCGGCGAUCAGGAAGAGGAAGGAGACAGUGCCGGAGGACGCCGCCAUGCUGUACCAGAACAAGGAGCUGGACGCUCCCAUCGCCGCCGACGGGAGGCUGCUCCACACCAACCAGCUCAGGUUCUUGGAUCGAGCGGCAAUAGUGACAACGACCGAUGCCAUUGACUCCGGCGCCGAGCCCAACCCAUGGCGGCUGUCGACGGUGCACCGCGUCGAGGAGCUCAAGUCCAUCGUCCGCAUGCUGCCGCUCUGGGCGGCCAGCAUCACCCUCAUCGCCGCCGCCUCGCACAACUUCACCUUCGCCAUCCAGCAGUCGCGCACCAUGGAACGCCGCCUCUCGCCGCGGUUCGAGAUCCCGCCCGCCAGCAUGAUCAUCUUCACCACGCUCACAAUGCUCGUCAGCCUCUCCCUCUACGACCGCGUCUUCGUCCCCGUCGCGCGCCGCUACACCGGCCGGCAGUCGGGGAUCUCCUACUUCCAGCGCAUGGGGGCCGGGCUGGCCGUCUCCGUCCUCGGCGUCCUCGCGGGGGCGCUCGUGGAACGCAAGCGGCGAGCGGUUGCUGCGGAGCACGGGCUCUUGGACAGCCCCGGUGCCACCGUGCCGAUCAGCGUGUUCUGGCUGGUGCCGCAGUACGCGCUCCACGGGGUCAGCGACGCGCUGUCCACCGUGGCGCACAUGGAGUUCCUCUACGACCAGUCGCCGGAGAGCAUGCGCAGCUCGGCGGCAGCGCUGUUCUGGGUCGCCGGCUCGCUCGGGAACUACCUGGGCACCGUGCUCGUCACCGUGGUGCAGAGCGCCAGCGGAGGAGAAUGGCUGCAGGACAACAUCAACAGGGGAAGGCUGGACUACUACUACUGGCUCGUCACCUUCCUCAUGCUGCUCAACCUUGUGUACUACAUCGUUUGCUUCCAUUUUUACACCCUCAAGUCGUUCGAGGUGGACGCCGCAGACGAGCCGCAGCGCCAACAAGAUGGCGGUGAGGACCGAAGUGUAGAGCGGCAGAAUGAGCUGUGCGGUGGGCAGAUUGGAGCUUAA